AUGACGAAGAGACUACAUGGAGAACAUGAAAUAAACGGAGCAAACAGAGGAAAUGUGAAGAGGUCUCAUCUGGAUGAUACAGGUAAUAUUGACUCGGAAUUGCUGCGGGACGUGGAAGUGGAUAACGAGGUAAAUAAGGGUAACCCCGGCGCGUCAAGCAUUGGCGAUGAGGCAGCGGCCGCGGCCGCCGCCGCGGCCGCAGCAGCUGCACGCUUCACGAAUCUGAACGACGACGAAGAUGAAGUAGGCGUCGGGGGACACGGCAUGGGCCGUGGCGUCGGCGGUCACCCAGGUGACGCAGACCACGUGCACGAUGAGGACGACGACGACGAGGACGACGACGAGGACGACGACAUGGACGACCUCAAGAAGGAUCCGAACGUCGACCUGGACGGAGAUGAUGACGACGACGAGGAUGGCAAACUGCGUGGAGACAAGCCGACUGGCCGCCGGGGGCGGAAGCCCGCUCCCAGCGCGGGGACCCCAGAGUGGAAGCAGCAGCGCAAGGAUUCGCACAAAGAGGUCGAGCGGAGACGCCGUGAAAACAUCAACACUGCCAUCAAUAAGGUUGCCGAACUACUGCCGGUGAAGGAGUCGAGCAAAGCGGCGAUACUUUCCCGUGCAGCGGAGUAUAUCCAAAAACUGAAGGAAACGGAAAACACCAACAUCGAGAAGUGGACCCUGCAAAAACUGCUGAGUGAACAGCAGGUAUCACAGCUGACCUCAACCAACGAGAAGCUGGAAGAGGAGCUCAAUAACGCUUUCAAAGAGAUCGAAACGCUGAAGAACAAGCUGAAGAGUGCUGGCAUUGAGCCUUGA